AUGUCUAGAAGAUCUGUUGAAGAGAAGAUUGUCCAGCUUGGUCACCUUGCUGGUAAGCUUGGCGGAUUUGUUGGUGAAAGUGACAGUGUUAACAAAGCCGUUAAGAAUGCUAUUAUCGCUGUAAUUAACAGUAAUGAAGAGCUUAAAAAUGAAUACUCUUCUCAUGUUACUACCCUUUCUGAGUCUGUCAAAUCUGCUGACCAGGCUGUUGGCACCGUUGAAAUUGAGCAGCUUAGUCAGCGAGUUAGUCAAGAAAUUACUCUAAUUACUCAACGUAUUAAUAGCCCUAAAAACCUUCCUAAUAAUCUUCCUCCUUCCCCCUCUCCCUCUGCUGACUCAGCCGAAUUGCAGCCCAAGUUGGAGGCUUUGAAGGAAGUGCAGAAGCUUUGUGAAAAUUAUGAGAAUCUUAAGAAUGCAAAAGAUGAGCCUAAAAAUCUCCUUGUUAAUCUUUGCACUGGCCUCGAAACAUUCCUCGGCUUCAAUUCUGAGACUAAAGGCUACGACGGCACUGGGAUUGUGUACUCCGACUUGGACAGGCUGUGUGACGGGGUGAUGGGAUUUUUGUAUCAAGUGCUUAAGGAUGUCAGCGAUAAACAGCCUUACGAAACAGGUAAGGAAUACUUAAAUACAUUAGUUAGUAGCACUUUAAAAUCAAAUUUGAACUCAGGUCACGAUGGUUUUUGCAAGGCGUUUCCCAUGGUGACUGUCAACGUCAACCGGUACAACCAGGCAGUGAAGUCGUCGAAUGAGAACAUAAAGAAAAAGAUGGAAAAGCUUCAGAGUGAGAUGAAAGUGUUCACGAAAAACGCAUUAAAAGGCAUUUUGCCGAAGGCAGAUGAGAAUGAUUUUCAAAAGGUUCUGCAGGCUGUGGAUACUGUCAACAGGGAGUUAGACAGCUGCAAAAAUUACGCCAAAGUUUUCACUGACGCUUUGAACAUCGAUGACAAGAGUGUAAAUGACGCAGUCGAUGAACUCCAUUCUCCUUUAUCGGUAAGAGUCAAGGAUGCGUUGCGGACCGUCAAGCAGGAAAGUGAGCAACUGGGUAGGUUGGCUGAGAGACAGCAGGGCACGUUGAAGGAGACGGCUGAAAAAGUAAAGAAGACUUUGGGUGAGUUAAAAGUAAGCGUUGAUUGCAAAAUAGGCGACGACGUGAAAGAGUUUGUGGAUGAACUGAAGAAGAAAGUGAAGCCCAUUAAGAAGCAUUUAGAUGACAUUACGACUGAGCUUUCUCAAUACGUUAUCGAGUUGCAGACGUGGAUGGAAGACACGAAAAAGUAUAUUAAUGAAGUUAAGGAUACGCACGUUAAGAGAAUCGUUAACGAGACCACGGACAGUCUUACUGGCAAAACAAAUUUGAUUGAGGAUGAGAGACAAAAGGUGUUGAAGUUGAAAAAAGAUCUUACUACUCAUAUUGAAAGCGUUAGAAGUAUUGUUAAAGACAAGGUAUCGGAUGCAAAGACUGCGAAAGUUGCGCAGCUGGACGGGUGGAAGAAGGCAGCCGGGAGCGUUGUGGAGGAAGCGAAGAGGAAGUGUAUGCAGAUUGGUGGGAUGGUUGUGACUGAUGGUACAGGUAACGGGGAAAUUUAUAAGUUAGCGAAAGAGAUGCAAGAUAAGGCUGAGGAGCUCAGAGUGGCGGCGAAGCAUAUUAAGGCGGAGAUUGGGGGAUGGGUUGGGAAUGCUACUAAAGCUGUUGGAGAAUUAGAGGAUGUACUAAAAACUGAUUUGUAUCACGUGAAAGAUAAUAUUGAUAGUGGGAUACUCAAAUAUGUCAAUGGGUUGAGAGAUGCGUUGACUAAAGGAAUGGAAGCCUCAAGCGGACGCGGUACAUUUGGUUAUAAUCAAUUGAUAGGUGCACUCACGGGUAAAUUAGGAGAACAGCUGCCGAAGUUUAAGGAAGCGCUUGUAACGACGCAGCGAAGCAACGACGUCGGCACUUAUCUGGAAAAAAUCUUGUAUGAUCUUCAGCAGUCGAAAACUACAUUGACAAAACCUUUAGAAGCCUUGAAAACGGCUUUUUAUAAUGAUAUGCAGGCUCAAGUCGAAACGCAUUUACCAAAAGUCGAUAAUGAGGGUACAACAAAAGUACAACUUACGAAGCUUUCCAGGUCUUUCUACAACGCUCGAACGGACGGCAAAGACAUCACCAAGCAAACAGCACUUAAAAAAGCGAUCGAAAAAAUUGAAACCGACGUGAAUGCAAAAUUGCUGGACGACGAAGGCGUCAGAGGUAGCAUUGAAGGUGAAAACAGUACCUUCACUUCCCCCUUUACCAAAAUCGAACAACAGCUCCAACAGAUCGCCGGGCUGGUUGACAGCGAUAAAAAGCAGUCGGGGAUACCGGGUGAUGGGCAAAAGGAAGGCGUCAUAAACUACUUGGAUGAUGUUACGAGUAUGCUUGCCGAAGAUCCCGUUACCCUCAAGUCCGAUAUAAAAUCUGCCCACGCCUCUAUCAAAGGCCUCGAGACGAUCAAGGGUGAAAUCACUACCGCGCUGGACGGUAUCGACACCUACGUCUCAAACAUCUCAGUUUCGCACAUAACCAAUGGCCUGAAUAACGUAUCCACCGAAAUCACGAAACACCUUGGAGAUCUCGAGCAAGCUAUAGAUCAAACCACGAAUGCCGUCCAUGCGAAAUUGAUCGCUCUGAAAGACGAUAAAAUUGGUAACGCUGCGAAUAGCAAGACAAUCAAGGAGAACACCUUACAAGCCAUUUCUGACAAACUUGACAAACUUCAGAAGGGCCUGGUGACAGAUGCCGUCAAAGAGACCAAGUCGCUGCUUGAUACCUACUUGACGAAAGCUGAGGAACACUACACGAAAGAGCUGAAAUCUCACCUCAACACUCAAGUAAAACAAGCCAUCGAGACGCUCACCACCCACUCGCAAAAGCAAUACUUCCUCUCCACGGUGUCACUCCUGUCCGAGUACUCCAAUAGAGUUGAGAAGGAGUUGAAGCCGUUGCCGCAAGAAAUUAAGAACGAUUUGGAGAGAGGGCACAAAGGGUUCAUGAAUGUAUUUGCAGCCAAGUUCGUAAGCAAUAUUGAGAAAAUUAAGCCGAUCACCGCCACUUCCUUCACUCAGAAGGGCUCACUAAAAAUAUCUCCAGUAAGUCAGGCUGCUAAAGAACUAAACAAGUCUCUCACAUACUGCUUCCAAAGUCUCAACAGGCAGGCUGAUAUAACUGCUGACGUCGACUUAGCCGAGCCGGCGAAGACGGCUCUGAUCACUGUCCUCGGUAGCAUUCAAACGUCUAAUCACUUCGAUAACACCUUUGUAGAUAAUUUAGUGUCACUUAAAAAUACAAUGCACGAAUUCAAUCCUAGAACGUACGGGGACAGCAACAACCCUUGGCUACUAGAUGCACUUAAGAAGGGUCUGUCGUUUCUCAUUGAUGAACUUCAAGUGGCGUACGUGAGCGUGUAUGAUGGCCAUGAAGAUUACAUUGAUUUCAAUAAACUGUUUGAUCCUCCGAUCAACGUUUCCAUGAAUGUCAAUCAGAAAUCCGAGCUGACUGACGUAGGCAGAAAGCUGUCGAAGGUCUGCCUUACCAUACUCGGCAUUAUUUUUGAAGACAUCAGUACGUUGAAAAAAUGCUGUGGUACCAAGUGUAAAUCGGAUCAAAUUAAUACAUCAACUACACUUGGUGAGUUCUUCUCCGAUCACGGUUAUAUAGUGUCGAUGAGAGGUAAGCAGCAUGGUGAGUUGCGGGAUAAGGAAAAAAUGAGAGGCUUCCAUAUUUAUAAGAUCCUCACCGAUGCGAUUACAGGCGCAGAUAAGAUCAUUGAACACAUGAAGAAGUGUGAAUCAAACAAAAGGGUUGGACAAGAUGAGCCGAUAAAAGCUGAGAAGUUUGCCAUCAUCGACCUCCUUAGUUGCAUCUAUCAGCACAUAGAGCAAUACAAUGAGGUCUGCCAUAUCGCUACAUUCUCUGCUACCAGAUCACCGUGCUCAGUAUACGAGAUGCUCAUUUGGCUCAGCGGACUAACGCAUAAUCGCGUAUGUUCUGCCAUGGUUGGGAAAACGUUCUUGGAUCUAUUAAAGGACCCAGCUAAGGAAGCUAGGGAGACGCAACAAGAGGGAGAAGUGGACGAACCUAUAGUCCUAGAAGUGGACCCAAACUCGAUAUCUCUUGACGCAUAUCCAAAGAGCAUAGAAUUUGUCAGACUUGAUGCGACACUGACACGUAUAUGUUCAAAAGCGUACGAUCUUAUUUGCACAAUCGUUGGAACGGGAGACGAGUACACCACGUACGGCUGCGACUACUCUAACAAUUCGUUCAAGCUGAAAUAUCCCAGCGAUCCUGCCGCUUGCUUCGACAUGUUGCUCGACAUCCUUCGUCGCCUACUUCCGCAGCUCAGAUAUUUGUCCAGUCGUUGUGACGUAGCAACUGAGCACCACGGUUGGCGGAAUUGCGAGUACGGCAAGGAAGUUCCUACAAGCACAUCGCAUUGUAUCAACGAAACAGAGGGCCAGGCAAACACGAAACCAAAGUGCCAACCAAAUUGCCAGGCAAACACUAAAGUAAGCUGCCAGCCAACUUCACCACUGAUGUCUUAUUUGAACGAUUGUCUACCAGGCCACUUGCCUCAUCAACUCAUUAGAAUCGGCUGCAAGUACGAGUGCUCCACAUGCCCGACCACUUCUAAGAAGGGAAUGCCCUGUCUGACUCCUCUCGGUUUUAGAGGGUUUUCUGGUAGCACGAAACAGGGUAAAGAUCUUUGUGAAGCAAUUAGACUUUUCUUCGGUAGCGGUCUGAUUUCAACUCUGCUGUGUCUCACUCCCAAGCCACCAUCCACAUUACCGGAGCAUUUUGGCUUUACCUUGUCACUCAUAGAAUGCCUUGAAACUUCAGAGAAGAAAACAACUGUUGAUGGCGUCACAGUGAAAGCGGCAUUUACAACAUCAAUAACGAAGCUGUCCGUACAGCUUUACACUGCACAAUCCGACUUAACCAAUGCUAUAAGUAAGGCGUACGGCCCGACGGCCUCUGACCAUGGUGAAUGCGAGCAUUCACAUCUUAGAAAUCUUACAAGUGCUCGUAGCUGCAGACAAAAAUCAAACAAAGAUAUCGAAUGCGCUCCUUACCUAUACACCAUGUGUCACGAUGCGUAUUCCUACUUGGCCGCCAAGCAUACCGAUGUCUAUCUGUCGUGGGCCAUCUAUUUACCAUGGGAUUUUUGGAAAUAUCUCAAACACUUAUACGACAGCUUCUGCAAUAUAAACUGCGCAGAUUGGGGGUGUCGCCAGUGUUUACAAGGCACAGCAUGUAAUAGUGGCAAACACGGACAGAGCGAAACGAAUAGUGAUGGCAUCCGUAAGUCGUAUUGCCAAUGCCCCUCUAUCGUUGGCUGCAAAGGUGUGUCUCCAACGCUGUACCAAUAUGGAUUCAGCUUCCAAGAUGCAUCUUCACUGAAUCACGCAACUUAUCCUAAUACGUGCACUGAUUUCUGCUCUCAGCUGGACAAGGUGUUGAAAUCGAAUUACUUCGUUAAGCUGUUCACGGAAUGUGACAACUUCAUUUGGACCAUCAGAGAACCGUUCACCUACUUGGUCCUCGCACUCUGGUCACUAUCGCUCUUCUACCUCAUCUGCGUGAUGGUUGGCAGACUGGAUGUGCUCCACAUACGCUCACACCUGAGGAUACCGUCAUCGCACAGGAUAACGGCGCAGUCAUUGUUGGCUGCAGCGCAAGUCGGAAGGCUUGCCAAAAUAUCGUAUCUACAACCAUGA